UCGUCCCAGCGACGAGGGAGAGAUAGAGACGGAGAAAAAGAGGGCAAGAAAGGAAGAGUUAAUUGAUCCUCUUCUAAUUAGUCUUCAGAUUGGUAAGUAUCUUCUUCGAUCUCUUCGUUGAUGAUCUGUUUAUGCCAAUCCUUCUUGCAAUUUCUUUUUUCUCCUUCACUUUGAUGAUUUACAGUACAAUCCCUCCGUGCUCUUCUUCUGUUGAUCGAUAGAUGAUUGAUGAAUCUAUCUGAGAUGACAACAAUGACCCUCGCAUCGAUGGACGAUCAACAAUCGCCAAUCCUAUCUACCCCAUCUUCUGUCUUAUCAUCAUCAUCCUCAUCAAUGGCAGCGGAAUGGGGGUCUGUACAAAAUACCCCAUGCGCUGCAUGCAAAUAUCUACGCCGAAAAUGUCAUCCUGAUUGCAUCUUCGCACCCUAUUUCCUCCCGGAACAACAGCAGAUGUUUGCCCUAGUUCACCGCGUCUUCGGUGCCAGCAACGUGGCCAAGAUCUUGACUGAUCUACAUCCCAGAGAGCGGCAAGAUGCAGUAAUUUCACUUGUCUAUGAGUCCAAAAUGUAUUUCAUAGAUCCUGUCUACGGCUGCGUUAGAACAAUCUCUGGACUCCAGCAGCAACUGGAGCAGAUCCAGUUUGAGCUAUCCUACGCUUUUUCCGAGCUAUCCCGAUGGGAAUCGGCAAUGGCGGCUCUCGAAGAACGGAAGUUGAAGAUGGAAGAACAGCAGAAUGUGAUGAUGAUUAAUAACGGAUGUGAUGGGUCGGCGUUGGAGGGUGUAGUCAAGAGUCAGGUUUAUGAUUUCAGUAUGGUGGUGGAUAAAGAGACUUCUACAAGGGAGAAGGACGUAGGUGCAUUCCAAAGUCAAUAUGAUUUUGCUGAAGAUGAUGAGCUGAGAAGUCUUCUUGAGUGGCAAGUUGACCAGCAAGAAGAAAGGGUUUUGGAUAUAUAUUUGGCUGCAUCUCCGAAGCCACUUGCAGAAGAAAAAUGUUCUCCACGUAUGUUUAAUAAAUAGUGUUUUCUAUCUCCAUGCAAACAAGUAAGUCCUACUUAGAAAAAAAAAAUAAUAAUGUUGAAUUGGUACUAGUAGAAAAAUACUGCUAAUUUUUAGAAAGAUGCAGUUGCUACAUUUUUAUUUCUGGUGUUGGUAAAUUUCUUCUUCUUCUCCUCUUGUAAGAUAAAGUUUAUUGUCUAUGGCUUUUUAGAGAGUGUUUGGCCUCUUUAGCAUGAACGGAUUGAUGGCGUAUAGCCUGCACGUCAUUGUCGAAUCUUAUGAUUUUAUAAUUAACAAAGUAUAACAUUGUGCAGAUGCACUUAGGGGUGUCAAUUUUUGACACGCCCG